AUACUUUCUCCUCACCUAAAUAUUAUGGAUCCUUCUGAUGAUCUUAUGCCUGUUGUAAACGCGCUACCAUAUAAACAACGUAAGACCGUAAAAUUCGGACGUUUCGAGGUCAGCUUGACCGUAGCAAAUAUAUUCUUUGCGUUUUUGGCAAUCGCCGGUCAAGUGGGGCAAAAUGUCAGCUUGCCUUUGUGGAUUGAUUCGACAAUGUCGCCACCAUCUGGCGGGAAAGCGAACCAUACGAAUUUAGCUAACCAUACAAAUUCCUCUGGCAAUGGCGAUGAAUAUCAACCGCGGGUUGACGGAUUCUUCGUCUAUUCGUUUGCGUGUAUUUCGUUCGUCGUGAUUUUCGGAACGACGUUGAUUUUUAUUCGCCUGUUUCAACCGCACCGGCUCGGCGAAACAGAACGAAGUUUUCCUCACUCGCAGCUGUUUUUAGUUGGUCUCUUUGAUGCACUAAAUGGACUUCUGGUCGUCUUUGCCGGCAGUGGAAGCCGAACAGCUCCGUAUCUGCAAGCGAUUUUGGGCAAUUUUAUGAUACCUCUCACAAUGGCAUUUCGGUAAGUAAAACUCAUGCAGGCGUUCCAGUGAAAUUCAUAUUAUGAUAUUGAAGGUGGUUCAUUUUUCGCUAGUAUAGCCCGCGCGAUCAAACAAGGAUGAAAGUGCAUGAGAGGUGGCUUGAAAAAGCGUUUAUUCCACCAAAUAAAGAUUCUAUAUAGGUCCUUAUCUAGUCUGUGGUUUAUUCUACGUACGUUUGAAUAUUCAAUGAAUGAAUUAAUGAAUGAAUGCUCUAUUAUUAAUUAUUUAACCACGCAAUGGACCAUUUGCAUUAUAGACUAAAUUUUGAUCUAGACAAAAAUUUCAUCACAGCUUGAAAGAGCAUCACAAAAUUAGUAAUAUGCCAUAGUUAAAUUUAAUCAGGGGCGGAUCCAGACUGUAGCAACUGUAGCAAAUGCUACAGUCAGAUUUUCGUGCAAAAAUAUUUUUAAUACUGAAUGUGGUGAUAGUAAAAAUUCCUUAUAGAAGUUUUCCUGUUUUUCUAUCUCAAAAAAAAAUCACUUCCACAGCUUCGACCAGAUGUCCGUACGUUUUUUGUGAGCUACGAAUAUUAAGUUACGUUUUUACGCGCUUAUCUUAACCUGAUUUUUACCCGAAACAACGCCCGCUUUUAGGGGAAAUCACCUAAAUUUUUUAAACAUCGUUCAAAAAGCGUUCAGAAAAGUGGUCUAAAUAUAGCGAUUUAUGACGUCAAAAUGCUACAGUCAACUGGGGGUCUUACGUCAAAAUGCUACAGUCAGCGGGGGGACGAGUUACUAAAUUUAGCAUUUUUGCUACAGUCAGAUGAAGCAAACCAAUCACAGUGCUGCAAUGCGCUACAGUCAGCUACAGUCAGCUACAGUUGCGUAAUUCGAUAGGAACUUUAGAGCGAUGUUAUUUGGCUAUAUUUGUUUGCGCUUUUACCGAGCCAAUUUCUUUCGAAGAAAAACUAAGUAGACUAAAGCGCUAUGUGAGGAUGCCGUCGGGAGCAAAGUUAAGGCCGAUCAACUGAAAGAUCGCGAGGUAUUUGUGUGUGAUUUUUCGAAAUUACAAUUCGAAACGGUGAAAGAGCGCGCUCGUUGAACCACGUUCGGGUCAGGUAAGUUUAUGAAUAUUAGAAUAUAUUAUAUUAAUAAACAGAACAUAAAUGUAAACGCUCCGUGCCAGUGUUUGGAAAUUGCGCGCCGGAGAUUUCGAAAAUUUAAUAGUAAAUAUAUAGAAAGCAUCAAAAUUGCGCGUCCGAUAUUUCCGCCGCGCGAUACAAACUUUCCACACUGGUAAAUUAAUAUAACAACACAAAGCUUCGGAUUGAGAGAUAGGGUAUGUUACAGAAUUACUGUAACUCAAAAAUACAAGCAAAACAUCGAAAUUUGGCUUGUAUAUUUAAGUGGUUGAAUCUCUGUUAAUCCGAAGGUUUCUUUCAGUAUAUAAAUGUGUCUGUUUGCGUUAUAUAUCGUUCUGCCCAUUGAUUUUAUAUGCAUUGAUUGUAAUUGUGUUUAUAUAUGUUACACAUGUGCGGUAUGAUAUUAAAUUACAUAUUAAUAUGGGGAGGAAGGCUGGUCUUAACUUGCAUACAGUAAUUAAGAAUGUAGAUCUGGUAUGAUUUGGUAUGUCGUUUAACCAUUUUACUGUCUUUAAUUUACGUGUUUUUGUAACUUUUUGUCUAAAAUAUGGCCUUAUUAAGGUCAAAUUUUAGAACAGAAUUCGAUGCUCAGAAUGCAGGAAAUGGUGUUUCCGGGCUUCAAAUUUCAAAAAUUUUCCAGGGGGGCAUGCCCCCGGACCCCCCUAGAUUACGUGGUGCCUCUUCAGUUUGGGAUUAUGCUACAGUCAGAUUUUUAGCUGGAUCCGCCCCUGGUAGGGGCUGCUUAUAUAGAGGCGAGCCGCCCAGGUAACCCGGCUAUAGCUCGCUUUCCCUAGAUGAAUGUCUGGUUACAUGAGCCUCUUUAGAUGGGCAGGCUUGAAAAAAACAAAUCACCCACUGCAGACUGAGUUAUAUAGUACAAGCACAUUUCCCAAUAAAGUGAACCAACAAGUGAUCAAUCACUCAUACUUUUGCAGACAGUCUCGAAAUGUAUAAACUGACAAAAACAAUCACAGAGAUCUUUUUUACCCAGCUGGGCCCAGGGGUAAUACCGUGCCAAAUCGUGGGUGAUUGUAUAUAAUUUAUAUGGAAAAUCCUAGCUUGGCAUUAGCAAGAUUUUGGGACAAUGAAUUUUGGGUCAAUUAUGCACUUCUAUUUUAAACACCCUUUACCAGAAAAGUUGUAUUCAUUUGGAUGAUGUUAGUUCAAUUGCAUGCUUACAAUUAAAUGAGUAAAAGCAUUUGAAUUUUGUAUUUCUUGCUUUGUAUGUAUGCAAACGACCAAAAAUAGCAAAUUCAUUGUCAAUCAAUCAAUAAUUUUUAUUUUGUGUGUGUUGGUGUUAUGUACUCAGGUGAAUAUAUGAUGUUUGUGAUGUUACUGUGAGUGUGCAUCCACACCGGGCAAGCUGAAAAGUUAGCUUGGCCACAGUGGGAAUCAAACCUGUGACCGUGGCCAAGCUAACUUUUCAGCUUGCCGAGUGUGGAUGCACACUCAGUGAGAGUCAGUGGCGUAGCCAGCCCGACAAUUUACUAAUUUAGUCCCGCUAUGCAAAUUCAAAAUUAUUAUCAUUAUUCAUUUCUCUAGAAAUUUAUUGUUUUCACAGUCAAUGAACAUGAAAAUAUUUGCAUAGCGGGACCAAAUAGUCGGGCUGGCUACGCUACUGGUGAGAAUAACAUCACAAACAUCAUAUAUUCACCUGAGUACAUGACACCAACACACACAAAAUAAUCGUAUCAUUGAAUACCCCUGUACACUGAUAUCGAAGGAACUAGACUCAGUUCCAAAAUAUCAUCAACUCGAACAGACUUGACCAUGUAGCUCAGUUGGCAGAGCAUUGGACUAGUAUCCCAAAGGCCGCAGGUUCGAUUCCCACCGUGCCCAAACUAACUUUUCAGCUUGCCCGGUGUGGAUGCACACUCAGAGUAACAUCACAAACAUCAAUCAAUAAUUUGCUGCUGUUAUAUAUCAACCUUAUAUAUUUUUUUCUUACUAGGGAUUCUCAUUAAUAUAUGGAUUUAACAAAAGCUUCCCAGGAGAAGGCAAGUUGUCAAAACAAGUGGUAUUAUAUGUAAUCAUUAAUGGCAUUCUAAGAACUUCAUGGUGUAUUUGGAAAAUGUUAUUCUUUUGCUGGAGAGCAUUUUUGUGAAUUACCAAACCAUGCAAGGGAUGGAGUUGCCGACUUGUGGUAUACAGCUUGUUUUGUACUAAAUUUUUACUAAUGGACUUGCUUGACAUGUUUGAUUGAGAAGUGACACUACAUACAUUUAAUACAUGCAGUAUAUUUUACUUGUAAAGAUUCUACAUUGAACAGAAUAUUAACCCUUUAAGUGGCAAUUUGCUUUACUUUUUAUUUUUUCUGUCAAAUGUGGUCAGACAAUUUUUGCUCAUUAAGGAGAGAGUGCUGCCACUUAAUGGGUUAAAGCUUUUCUGUAAAUGUAAAUUUUUUGAACGAUAACUAUGUAAUAGCCGGUACUGUGCUGGGAAUGGAACCUGCUGCCCUACAGGUGAUUCUGAUCAGCUUUUUAACCAUCAAGGGUCCUGAAGCCCUAAGAGUCCAUCGCCCUGAGAGUCAAUCAAGCUCUACUGUAACAAAUAGUUCAUGUAUAUAAUACUAGUGUCAUCCUGGGAAGUUUAUUUAAUACACUACCAAUGACACCACCAUGGUAUAUAUACAGCAACUUGUGGUUACCUCUUGGAAAAAGGGCUCUUUAGGUCAGAGAGCUGCGGUAGAAUUGCAGGACUGCAGGUUCAAUUCAUGCUGACAGGCUUGUAAUUGUAUUCCACAUGUAUUCAUGAUAUCAUUCUUAUCAUGUAUUCAUGAUAUCAUUCUAAUCAAUUUAGAACUUCAUUAAAAUAUUAUGGGGCGUAAGAGUAUAUCAUUAUAUUAUGCUACAGCAAAUUGUAUUUCCUGCUAUAAUAUACCUUUCUUGUAGGGAUAAUAAAUUAUUUUGACUCGAAAAAUGUCUUUAUUGAUUUCUAAAGUUAGUUAAAGACUUUUCUUUACUCUGAUAUAUAGAAGUCAUUUUGUCUCCAAAGGAGUCGAAUUGACUCCAAAAGUGGAGUAAAUAAAAAAG